AUGUACACAGAUCCGAACUUUGAGGAUACACCUGUCUAUGACCAUAGUUCUGUUCUUGAAAAGUGUUACCAGCUGAAGCAUGAUAAUGAGUCACUAAAAGAAGAGAACGUUAAGUUGCAAUAUCAGUUGGAGUCAGCAGAAGAAACUAUAAAAAAGUCAUCAACACAGCUUAUUAUCUUGGGCCAAAAACUAAGCAGUCUUUCAGAUGCUGCAGAAGAAAGGGAUAAGUUGCUAGAAUUUCUGGAGAAAGAAAAGGCAUCUAGGAGUGUUCUACAAACUUUGCUUGAAGAGCAGAAAUGUCGUAAUGUUCAGUUAGAGGCUCAGUCAGUGGUGGCUGAAGAGAAGGAAAUUAUGCUCAAUGAUAAGAUAUUUAAACUAGAGAAGCAACUUAAAGAAAAAGAGCAACAGUUCAAAGAGCUCAUUCAGAUAGUUUACGAUUAUGAGUACUUGCUAGAGGAGAAGCAAAAUCAGGUUGCACAGAAAUCUCAGGAAUUGGUUUUGAUUAAAGAUGAACUCUGUCAGUUAAGGACGAAGAUAAAAGAUGCUGAUGAAAAUAUCACUUCUGUACAAAUGUCUAACUCCAAUGUUGAUCAAACUGAGGAAAAUGUCCUACCUCAUUUUAUAGAUGAAAGGUCAAGUUCACCUCAAACUGGACUGACUAUUGAAUAUAGUGGCUUAAAAUCUCCAGCCAUUCAGUCGCACUAUGAACCUCCAUUCAUCAGAAUUCAAUCUCCAGCUGUAUCAGUUCAUCAGAAAAGUUUGGCUGACGAGCUUUAUGAAGCAGAUGUUGAUUCCAGAGGAGUUCAGACAACUUCAUUCAAAUGUGGUGUAGAUUUGUUUGGAAAAUGUGUACAGUGUAGAAGCUGCCUUUCCUUCCGUAAAGACAAUGAAAUUGAACUUCAAAAUAAUCUGUUAAUUCAACUUCGAGCAUUUAAAAACAAAAUGAAAUGUAAAAGGGAUUGGUCAGAUCAGUUCAGCAGUUACUUGUUGCACUAUGGGAAGACAGGUAUGAGUUGUCUGCACUGGUCCACGGAAGACAUAAAUGACGUUACAUCUGGAUCUAAGAAACAUUUUGGGUUGAUAAUACAGCAAUGCUGGGAAAUUCUACUGUUGGCAAGAAUAUAUUUCGAAAAACCACCAAUGCCUUUGAAUAAAGUCCUCAUGAACAUUUGGAAACAGUUCCCCAAGACAGUCAUCAGUGGUCAAGCUCUGCCGAACAGAUCAUGGUCAUCACCAACUAUAUAUGCAUCAGUCAACAACAGUUGCAGGCGAAGGAAUACAAGUGACAAAACAAUACAGACCGGCAAUGGUGAUGAUGCUAUUCAGCGGAUCGAUCCAAGAGUUACAGCAAAAGAUCAUAUUAGCUGUCCAAAUGAGAAACUGUACAAUGAAAAACCAACAAAUGAAAAAUUUCAGAACGGAUUUACUAUUUCAUUCGAGGAACUAAUGAACUCCUUAAAAGCUGACCAAGAGAAUUCAGUUUUUGAUAUAAAUAUAAGGACACUAGCUAAUAUACGCUCUGAAAUCUCACUAGCUCAUGAAGUUUUAACACUCAAGAAAGAACCUUUACAAAAAGUGAACGUAAGAAACAUCCAGUGUAUGCUACCAAAAGAGGAGAAUCCUGAACACCGAGGAAAUACCUAUUAUCAGAAAGGAUCAUUCAUUUCCGAUCACGCAUUGAAAGAAGAUUUAUCUCAAAAUGUAUUAACGCUGAACAAAAUUAUAUUCUUUGUCAACCUUCUGUUAAGCAGUCAAUAUAAGAGUGAUUCUGCAACUGAGAGACACGCUUAUCUUAUAAAACUGUUAAAAUAUCUGGAGACUCAAAUAUAUUGGUCAAGUGAAAGACUCACUCACAUUAGUUAUCUUAAAACAAAAAAGGAGCUAAUUAACAACUCAAUAAGAAAUAUCAAUGAAAGGACAUUCACUGAUACGGUUAGUAGCAUAGCAUGCUUUGUCAAUACAAGUAACUCCGAGAACGGAAUUACAUCAGUGUCAUCUCAUUCAAAUGUAAAUAAAGAUGCAUUGAAGCUGAACUCACAGAUAUAUUUUAAAAGAUACCUAAUCACUCUAAGGAACAGUGCGAAAAAACUAGAGGUUGUAUGGUCAUCACACUGCUCAUUUUUCCUUAAAAACCUGGUAGAUAAUACAAAAAGUGUCUUCUCUUAUCCUCGAAUAUUUUACGCCGAUGAUAUCACUUGGAAAAUGUUUAUGGUUUUGUGUCUAUUGGGGAUUUUUUGCUGCGCUAUGCUUUAUGUCAUGAAAUAUGGAUUCACUUUAUCUUCUGAAGUUGCGGAGAAUCAUACUUUAGUUUCAAAAUUUUAUUCAUGUUUAAAACAUGUGUUAGUAGUGGCACGCAAAACACGUACCAAUUUAUACUCAAAACUUUUUGAUGUAACCUUAAAUCUUGAAUAUUCAUCUGGUUCUCCGCCCAUAUAA